UUUUCCAAUCAGACAACAGGGGACAUGAAAUUUAAGCAGCAAGAGUGAAAUGUCAAUCAAGGAUUUGCAAAUUAAGUACUAAUAAUAAUUAAAAUAUAGUGCAUUAUUCUAAUUAAUUGACUUCAGAAGUUUGGUAAAACUGUAAUGUUAGUGUAAUAAACGAAAAGGGGAAUAUCGCGGUGAAAACUAAAGUUCAAGGUUUGUGGCUGUUGGCCAAAUAAAGCCUAUAUGUGAUACGCUUGUUUUCCAAAUUCCACUAGUUUUUGUGAAGUAAUAAUAGUUGCACUUGUUUUACAUAGUUGUUGUGCCGGAAUUAGGAUAAAAAAUUUGGGGAAGGAUACAAAUCAAUUGAAGUUGUUAGUAAUGGAACCGCCUUGUACAUUUCAUCAUUGCGAUGAGGCUGUGAUCGCUACUAACGACGAUGCCAGCGAUUGUAAACGUUGUGCAGUUCGAUUAGGAUAUUGGAAGGAUGACUAUAUUGGAUAUUUUGUUCGAAAUCAAGAUAGAAAAGCGCCAGAGAUUAAUCGAGGCUAUUUCGCCCGAGUUAAAGGCGUCGAAAUGUGCAUAGAAAAGUUUCUGAAGAAAACUGAUGGAAAUUGCCAAAUCAUAAACCUUGGGUGCGGAUUCGACACACUAUAUUUUCGGCUGAAGGACACACCACAUCAAGUGAAGAAUUUUAUAGAAUUAGAUUUCCCAACGGUUACAGCUCGAAAGUGCUAUACAAUUAAACGCAAUAAAGCACUGCUAGCGAAAAUCCAUGAUGAGGAUGGUGAAGUUCGUCUUAGCACAACAGACUUACAUGGUCCCAGCUAUCACCUGAUGGGCGUAGACCUACGAAAUCUUGACGAAUUAGACAAUAAGCUGCAACAAGCAGAAAUUGACUACAAACUUCCUACGAUAUUUCUUGCGGAAUGUGUGUUGGUAUACAUUGAAGCCCAAAAUUGUAAGAAUUUACUGAAAUGGAUUUCUAGCAAAUUUAUCACUGCAGUAUUUGUCAACUAUGAGCAGGUCAAUAUGAACGACAGAUUCGGAGAAGUGAUGUUGAAUAACUUACGCAGCAGAGGUUGUAGUUUAGCUGGUGUUGAGUCAUGCAUUUCUUUGGACACCCAAAUAGGUCGAUUCCUGGAAUGUGGGUGGAACGGAAGUCGAGCAUGGGAUAUGGUACAGGUUUAUCAAAGUAUAUCCCCUGCAGAGAGACAACGGGUUGAAAGACUGGAGAUGCUUGAUGAAGCAGAGCUUCUUAUACAGUUAUUCCAACAUUAUUGCCUUGUCAUUGCUUGGAUAGGUGAACUAUUUCAAGACAUUGAAAUAACAGUCGAAAAGCGUAUGUCAUCAUUGAACAUCGAUUGAAGGAGGUUUAGCAGUUACACACAAAUUUAAUGUGAACCACAAACCCAGUGUAAUGCAUUGUAUGAAAUGAUGCUACUCGCCAUUGCUUAGUUAUCCCGGGAGAACUGGAUAAACAACUGCUACUUUUGUAAACGUUAUUUUUAUAUUAAAUGGAAAGUUUUAUGGCUAAUUGUGUAAUUUAAAAUUGAACUAUUUAAAAUAUAGUUUUCCUGUUUGUAAGAUAUA